UGUCUACAUUUCCAGUAAAUCUUUCGAAUAGCGACUUCUGGUGACUGCUACUCCUGCUACUCACACUGAGAAUAUGAAGCUGGUUCUACUUUGCCUUUUUGCAGUCUGCUGCUAUUCUUUGGCCCAGACAACAACAACAAACAGGCCCAACACAUCACUCCAGAAGAGAAAAUUGGAAGAAGCUCUGAGGCAGUUGAAUGAGGUGAAACAAAGGCAGCAGCACUAUGAGGAGACGCUGAAUGCCCCAGAGAAUAUUGAGGACUGCUGCUGUCUGUCAGCCCUGCAGUGCUUUAAGGCUAACAUGCAGGUGCAUUUCAACGUCACAGAAGGAAAAGAAAAAAAACUUUACAACAGCCUCAAGAAUCACCUAACUGUGAGAAGCCUGGACUUUUGUAAUUCAGGAAAUGACACGCCCACAUGCCAAAACUGCUACUUACAUCCUAAAGUAAAAGCCCAGGAAUUUUUCAACCGACUGGAGUCUCUUAUUCAACGGGGCAUAACCAAGUUGAACAACUGAGAAGGAGGAUCUAGUUGUGACCGAAGACUGAAUGUAGAGAAGACACUACGCUGAAAAAAUGCUAAACAUGGCAAAGUCUAUAUUUUCUAGCCUUCUAAAUAUUUAACUUAUUUAAUAUUUAUUUACGUAGUGGUGGUGAACCCACUCAAGCUAUGAAGAAUGUAUUUUCAGGAAAACUCAUCUGUCGCCACCCAGUGGACAGACUUGGUAGUUUUGAUUUCUUUUCUCUUUUUCACUGAAUGUGAAAGUUAAUUUAUUUAUAAUAAUAAAAUUAUAAUUGUAGUUCUUAAAGAAUAUUAAGUAUGUUAAGACAUUUAUAUCAUGUAUGAUGUGCCUUAGUACGGCAAUUUUUUAUUGAAAUAAUUGUACCAUUUGAAAAUAUUAAAAACAUAACAACACAGUUUUUGGUUUGCUUGGUUUCUUUUUUUUUUUUAUCAGACAUUUCCAAAAGCUUCCAGCAGAGGUGGAUACACUCUGUGAA